UCCGUCGAGCUGGCCUGACCGCCUCGCUGCCACCAGCAGACGGCCUCCUUCUUCCUGCCAACCAACCUGCCUGCUCGUCCCUCUCCACGGAGUCCGCGUCGACCUCACCCGACCACCUCCUUCCAUGCUAUGCCCUAAAUUCAGAGCUUGCUGCAGGCGACCAGCUCGGACUCCAUCGAGGACACGCACGACCUCCAGGACUCCAUCGAGGAUGCCAGCAUCGCGGAGGCGCAGGACCUCGCCGCAACAAUGGACGCCGCAACAAUGGACGGGGCGGCUCGACCUCGCGACCGGCAAGCCUGCUAGCCCCGCUCCUUCCUCCGUCGGCGUUCUCCCCCACCUCUGCAGCCUGCACCGAGCGCGGGCCUCGCCGCAGCUCACUCACACCACCGCCGCCGGAGUCCUCCACGCCGGCCACCUGCAUCUCCGGCUCUCCGCCCGCACACCCUCGACCUCGUGUUCGCCCUCAAGCACAGCCAGAUUCCCCCAUCCUGACCUUCUCCUCGACCUUGUGCAGCCGGUGUCCUACAGAACCAACCUCUUCUGCCCCGACGUCCUCCUCCAGGAACUGAAGGUUCUAGAAGGCUAUGACCAUACAAGGCUGCUGCCUCUGCAUGACUGGUGGGUGGAAGAACAAGAAGUGGAAGCUGAACUCCUCUUUGCGAAUUUGAAUCCUGGGGUUGUUUUGGAUGUGGCUGUAUUGGUUGUGGACUGUUAUUUGUGCCUCAAAAUCUGGAAUGUUGAGUGAUAGUCGAUGGUGUGAAGUCGUUCUUGUGGCUGGAAGUUUUAGUGGUGUUGCUGUGAAGUCUGUUUGGUUAGACUUGUGAUAGAGCUGGUUGCGUUGUUGCACUUUUAUUGAUUGUUGCUUGAACUGUGA